GCUCUAGCGCCAACGAGAUUCCAAGCAUCUCUUUGGCUCGUUCGGCCGUUCAAUCACAUCUCCGUAUCUGCGGGCCCUCCCCGUGAACCUGAACGCUCGCUCACCCCCUUCAGAGCGUCUAUUGGUCGUAGCAGACGUCCGUUUGCCACUCUCCCCGCCCCAAUACGGAAGCGGAGGGGUACCCGGGAUCCGACCGCUAGUGGGUCCAGGCCAUGGGGCAGCCCUGGGCUGUGGGGAACGCGGAGGCGGCGUCCGCGCGGCUUCCUCUUGUGCUCACCGCGCUGUGGGCCGCGGCCGUGGGCCUGGAGCUGGCCUACGUGCUGGUACUGGGUCCCGGGCCGCCCCCACUGGGACCCUUGGCCCGGACCUUGCAGCUUGCGCUGGCAACCUUCCAGCUGCUCAACCUACUGGGCAACGUGGGGCUCUUCCUGCGCACGGACCCCAGCAUCCGGGGUGUGAUGCUGGCCGGCCGUGGUCUGGGCCAGGGCUGGGCUUACUGCUACCAGUGCCAAAGCCAGGUGCCACCGCGCAGCGGGCAUUGCUCUGCCUGCCGCAUCUGCAUCCUUCGCCGGGACCACCACUGCCGCCUGCUGGGCCGCUGCGUGGGCUUCCACAACUACCGGCCCUUCCUGUGUCUGCUGCUUCACACCACAGGCGUCCUGCUGCACGUCUCUGUGCUGCUGGGCCCUGCCCUGUCAGCCCUGCUGCGAGCCCACACACCCCUCCACACCGCCGCCCUCCUCCUGCUGCCCUGGCUCAUGCUGCUCACAGGCAGAGUGUCUCUGGCGCAGUUCGCGCUGGCCUUCGUGACCGACACGUGUGUGGCGGGUGCACUGUUGUGCGGGGCUGGACUGCUCUUCCAUGGGAUGUUGCUGCUGAGGGGCCAGACCACGUGGGAGUGGGCUCGGGGCCGGCGCUCUUACGACCUGGGCCUCUCCCACAACCUGCAGGCGGCCCUGGGGCCCCGCUGGGUCCUUGUCUGGCUCUGGCCCUUCCUGGCCUCCCCGUUGCCGGGGGACGGCAUCAGCUUCCAGACCACAGCUGAUGUGGGACUCAUGGCUUCCUGACUCCAGGAAGAGCCUGAGCUCUUCCUGUACAAGGAGUGGGGAACAGGAGAGGGGGCUCAAAUAACUCAUUUCAGGCCCACCCCCAGCCUCAGAAGGGGCGGCAGGCUGGUACUGAUGCCUGCUUUCGGCAACUCCGGCCCCGCCCUUAGCCCUGCCCUUGCCCGGCUUGGACUCCUAGUGUCCGGGGCUUGGGCCCUGCGGCUCUGCCUCUAUCAGUGGCCCCUGAGCACAGCGCAGGGUCUGGCAGGGGGCCGCUCGGCCUGCCCAGCUGCCCCUUUGCCAGGUUAAUAAAGUGCCCACUUGGUUCUUG